GGUCAGGGGCAAUUGUUUGUGUUAAUAUGAGCGAAUCACUCACUUAACUCCCAGAAAUAAAAAAAUUAUUGGGAAGGUGAUGUUUAAUUGAGCAAAAUUGUGUAGUCUGUACUUUGUUUCACAAUAAAUGAUGCCCAAAUUACCCAAAAUAAUGACAGUUAUUUAUUUUCUUUUUGAUGGGAGAUAGUGAGAUACAGUUGAUAUUAUCCAUUUAUUCGUAAAGGAUAAUGAAACCCACACUCAUAAAUUUUUAUACUUUCUCACCAAAAGUUUGCAGUAUUUAUCUGAAAAAUUCCCCAUUGAAGCUCUGAAUUUCGCAUAUUUUUUGAGCAACAAUGCCUCGUUUGUCCAAUUUAUACCUUUUCACUUACAAUUUUGCUCAAACUAUUGGUUGGGCAGUUGCAUUGAUACAGAUUUUAAUAGGGUUUAGUUCCACUAAAUCUUUUAAUGGGGCCUUUGCCUCUUCUGGGCAAAUUAUUUGUUUAUUGCAAAAAGCUGCAUUCUUGGAAGUUAUUCAUGGAGCUUUGGGUAUUGUGCCAAGUGGAGUGUUGUUGCCUCUAAUGCAAUGGGGAGGAAGAAGUCAUUAUCUUCUGGCAAUUGCAGGGAAAAUUGUUGAGUUACAGACGUCUCCUUCCAUUUUCAUAACGUUUGUUGCCUGGAGCAUCAGUGAAAUAAUUAGGUACUCGAACUAUGCUUUGAGUUGUAUAGGAGAUUGUCCAUAUUGGUCAAUUUAUGUCAGGUACACUGUUUUCAUCCCUCUGUAUCCAGUGGGAGUUGCUGGUGAAAUGUGGCUCAUGUACCAAGCACUUACUUACAUAAAGGAGAAAGACCUUUACAAAGAUUUUUUCAGUGUUCUCCCUUUCAGCUAUCACACUUUUGUUCAGGUUGUUCUUCUUUGCUACCCUCUUCUUUGGAUGAAACUUUACCUGCAUUUACUGAAACAAAGACGAUCUAAGCUGCGCAAACACCAUGAGAAAAAAAGGGAGUGAGCAUCUUAAUGCAGUCUCUGCAAUCUUGCAAUGGAUUAAUGGGUAGAAUUUAUAUUCUACAUGUAUCUCCAGUAUUGUUGAUUCUUGUACUUGAGUUUAAACCAAUAAUCACUCUUUUUCUCAGCUGUGUCAUAUAUUCUCGUCUAUGCAAUACGGCUGAAUAUUUGUUUCUAGCUAAACUUUCUGUCAUUGUCACCCUCCAGUUAAGAAUUAGUAGCUAUAUAUUUCAAACCUUAGGUGCUGAUGUACAUUGCAAUUUUUUUUGACAAAAAGUUAAAAAUAGUGAUGCUCAUGCCUACAUUCAUAAUUGUCAGUUUA